CAUCGUUCCAUCUCACACUGGGCUCUUUGAAUGGAGUAGACUGAGAAAACUCCAUUUAAACCCGAAAAGAUUUCAAGAAUUCGUGUAUUUGGUGAUUUCUGAGUAGAAAGGGAUGCCCUCUACAACUUUAUUAGUAAAUCUUCUUUCAACUUUACUCAUCCCUUUCGUAUUUGGAGAAACAGAAAUAAGGUUUGCUGGGCACACAGAAUUUGUUGUUAAUGAAACAAGUACAACGGUUAUUCGUCUUAUCAUUGAAAGACUAGGAGAGCCCGCAAAUGUUACUGCACUUGUAUCGCUGCAUGGGGAAGACACUGGCGACUUUUUGGACACAUAUGCUGCAGCUUUUAUCCCUGCUGGAGAAACAAACAGGACAGUGUACAUAGCAGUGUGUGACGAUGACCUGCCAGAGCCUGACGAGACUUUUAUUUUUCACUUAACAUUACAGAAACCUUCAGCAAAUGUGAAGCUUGGGUGGCCAAGGACUGUGACAAUAACAAUAUUAUCAAAUGACAAUGCGUUUGGAGUUAUUUCAUUUAAUAUGCCCUCCUCCGUCACAGUGAGGGAGCCCAGGGGCAGAAAUGAGUCUGUGCCUCUCACUCUCAUCAGGGAAAAGGGGACCUAUGGGAUGGUCACUGUGACCUUUGAGGUAGAGGGUGGCCCAAACCCCCCGGAAGAAGAUCUGAGUCCAGUUAGCGGAAAUAUCACCUUUCCCCCUGGCAGAGCAACAGUGAUUUAUAACUUGACAGUGCUUGAUGAUGAGAUACCAGAAAAUGAUGAAAUAUUUUUUAUUCAACUCAAAAGUGUAGAAGGAGGAGCUGAGAUUAACAUCUCUAGGAGUUCAGUCGAGAUCAUUAUUAAGAAAAAUGAUGGGCCCGUGAGAUUCUUCCAGAGCCUUUAUUUGGUACCCGAGGAAGACCACACGCUUAUAAUUCCAGUGGUUCGUGGAAAGGAUAACAAUGGAAAUCUGAUUGGAUCCGAUGAAUAUGAAGUUUCAAUCAGAUACACAGUUAUCACUGGGAAUUCAACAGCACAUGCCCAGCAGAAUUUAGACUUCAUUGAUCUUCAGCCAAAUACAACUAUUGUUUUUCCACCUUUUAUUCAUGAGUCACAUCUGAAAUUUCAAAUCGUUGAUGAUGCCAUUCCAGAGAUUGCCGAGUCGUUUCACAUCGUGUUGCUAAAGGAUAGCUUACGGGGAGAUGCCGUGCUGAUAAGGCCUUCUGUUGUGCAAGUCACCAUUAAACCGAAUGACAAACCUUACGGUGUCCUCUCAUUCAACAGUGUCUUGUUUGAAAGGCCGGUUAUAAUCGAUGAAGAUACAACAUCAAGUUCUCGAUUCGAAGGAAUCUCAGUGGUCAGAAAUGGUGGCACCCAUGGGAAUGUCUCUGUGAACUGGGUGCUGACCCGGAACAGCAGCGACCCCUCCCCGGUGACGGACGAUAUCAGGCCGAGUGCUGGCGUCCUCCACUUUGCACAAGGGCAGAUGUUGGCCUCAGUUCCUCUGACUGUCAUUGAUGAUGACCUCCCAGAAGAGGCAGAAGCUUAUCUGCUUAGAAUUCUGCCUCACAGCGUACGAGGAGAUGCGGAAGUGAGCGAACCAGCAGAGCUUUUGUUCUACAUUCAGGAUAGUGAUGAUGUUUAUGGACUAAUAACAUUUUUUCCUAUGGAAAACCAGAGGAUUGAAAGCAGUCCAGGUGAACGAUACUUAUCCUUGAGUCUUACCAGACUAGGAGGAACUAAAGGAGACUUGCGUAUACAUUAUUCUGCACUUUAUAUUCCUGCUGGUGCUGUGGACCCUUUGAGAGCGAAAGAUGGCGUCUUAAACAUAUCCAGGAGAAACAGCCUCAUCUUCCCGGAACAUGAAACCCAAGUUGCUAAAAAAUUACCAAUAAGAAAUGACGCAUUCCUUCAGAAUGGGGCCCACUUCCUAGUACAGUUGGAUACUGUGGAACUGGUGAAUAUAUUCCCUCCAAUUCCACCUGUAAGUCCUAGAUUUGGAAAAAUCAGGAAUAUUUCUUUAGUGGUUACUCCAGCCAUUGCAAAUGGAGAAAUCGGCUUUCUUAGCGAUCUUCCAAUCGUCUUGCAUGAGCCAGAAGGUUCUGCAGCUGAAGUGGUGUACAUUCCUUUGCAUCGGGACGGAACUGAUGGCCAGGCUACUGUCUACUGGAGUUUGAAGCCCUCUGGCUUUAAUUCUCAAGCAGUGACCAUGGAUGAUAUUGAUCCCUUUAAUGGCUCUGUUGUGUUUUUAUCUGGGCAAAGUGACACAACAAUCAACAUUACUGUCAGAGGCGAUGACAUACCAGAGAUGAAUGAAACUGUGACACUGUCUCUGGACAGAGUUAACAUAGAAAACGAGGUGCUGAAAUCUGGGUAUACUAGUCGUGACCUAAUUAUUUUGGAAAAUGAUGACCCUGGGGGAGUUUUUGAAUUUUCUCCUGCUUCCAGAGGACCCUAUGUUAUACAUGAAGGAGAAUCUGUAGAGCUCCACAUUAUUCGAUCCCAGGGGGCUCUUUUAAAGCAGUUUCUAUACUACCGAGUAGAGCCACGUGAUAGCAAUGAAUUCUACGGAAAUAUGGGAGUAUUGGAAUUCGAACCUGGGGAAAGGGAGAUAGUGAUCACUUUGCUCUCAAGACUGGAUGGCAUACCGGAGCUGGAUGAGCACUACCGGGUGGUCCUCAGCAGCCACGGAGAGAGGGGAAGCAAAUUGGGGAGUGCGACAGUCGUCAACGUAACGAUUCUGAAAAACGAUGACCCGCACGGGGUUAUAGAAUUCAUUUCUGACGGUCUCACUGUGACGAUAAAUGAAAGCAAGGGAGACGAUAUCUAUAGUGCUGUUUAUGGUGUAACAAGAAAUCGAGGCAACUUUGGUGAUGUUAGCAUAUCGUGGGUAGUUAGUCCUGACUUUACACAAGAUGUGUUUCCUGUGGAAGGGACUAUUUUCUUUGGCGAUCAGGAAUCUUCAAAAAAUAUCACCAUAUGCUCCCUUCCAGAUGAGAUUCCAGAGGAAAUGGAAGAAUUUACCAUUAUGCUACUCAAUGCGACUGGAGGAGCUAAAGUGGGAAAUAAAACAACUGCAACUCUGAGGAUUAGAAGAAACGACGACCCUAUUUAUUUUGCAGAGCCUCGUGUCAUUCAGGUUCAGGAAGGGGGCACUGCUAACUUCACGGUUCUCAGAAACGGAUCUGUGGACGUGACCUGCACUGUCCAGUAUGCCACCGUGGAUGGGAAGGCUACUGCGGGAGAGGGAGACUUCGUUCCCACUGAAAAAGGAGAAACCCUUGUGUUUGGCGUUGGCAGUAGAGCGCAGAGCCUGUCUGUGUAUGUUAAUGAAGAUGGUAUCCCAGAAACGGAUGAGCCCUUCUAUAUAGUCCUCUUCAAUUCAACAGGUGAUACAGUAGUAUAUAAGUACGGAAUCGCUACAGUUAUAAUUGAAGCUAAUGAUGACCCAAAUGGUAUUUUUUCUCUGGAGCCCACAGACAAAACAGUAGAAGAAGGAAAGACUAAUGCAUUUUGGAUUUUGAGGCACCGAGGGCGCUUUGGAAAUGUGUCUGUGGGUUGGCAGAUCUUUCAGAAUGAUUCUGCUCUGCGGCCUGGACAGGAGUUCUAUGAAACUUCAGGGACCGUUUACUUCAUGGAUGGAGACAAAGCAAAACCAAUAAUUCUCCAUGCUUUUCCAGACAGUAUUCCUGAAUUCAAUGAAUUUUAUGUUCUAAAGCUCAUAAACAUUUCAGGUGGGUCCUCGGGUCCUGGGGGCCAACUAGCAGAAACUAACCUGCAGGUGACGGUAAUGAUUCCAUUCAAUGAUGAUCCUUUCGGGGUUUUCAUCUUGGACCCAGACUGUUUGGAGAGAGAAGUGGCAGAAGAUGUGCUUUCAGAAGAUGACAUGUCUUACAUUACCAGCUUCACCAUUCUGAGGCAACAGGGUGUCUUUGGUGAUGUACGAGUGGGCUGGGAAAUACUGACCAGUGAGUUUGCUGCUGGCUUGCCACCAAUGGUGGACUUUUUACUGGUUGGAAUUUUCCCCAGCACUGUGCACUUGCUACCACACAUGCGACGUCACCACAGCGGAACAGACGCUUUGUACUUCAGUGGACUAGAAGGUGCAUUUGGAAUUGUUAAUCCAAAGUACCACCCCUCUAGGAAUAACACAAUUGCAAACUUUACAUUUUCAGCUUGGGUAAUGCCUAAUGCUAGAACAAAUGGGUUCGUCAUAGCAAAGGAUGAUGGUAAUGGAAGCAUCUACUAUGGGGUAAAAAUUCAAACAAAUGAAUCCCAUGUGACGCUUUCCCUUCAUUAUAAAACUGUGGGAUCCAAUGCUACAUACAUUGCCAAGACAAGCGUCAUGAAAUAUUUAGAAGAAGGUGUUUGGCUUCAUCUUCUAAUUAUCCUGGAUGAUGGUAUAAUUGAAUUCUACCUGGAUGGAAAUGCAAUGCCCAGAGGAAUCAAGAGUCUUAAAGGAGAAGCCAUAACUGAUGGUCCUGGAAUACUGAGAAUCGGGGCAGGCACGAAUGGCCGCGACAGAUUUACAGGUGUGAUGCAGGACGUUAGGGCCUAUGAACGGAAACUGACCCUUGAGGAAAUCUAUGAGCUUCAUGCUACGCCUGCGAAGAAUGAUUUACACCCCAUUUCUGGAUAUCUGGAGUUCAGACAGGGAGAAACUAACAAGUCAUUUAUUGUUUCUGCAAGAGAUGACAAUGAAGAGGAAGGAGAAGAAUUAUUCUUUCUUAGAUUAGUCUCUGUGUAUGGAGGAGCUGACCUUUCUGAAGAAAAUACUACAGCAAGAUUAAUAAUACAAAAGAGUGACAAUGCCAAUGGCCUGUUCGGUUUCACAGGAGCUUGUAUACCAGAGAUCGCAGAGGAGGGAUCUACCAUUUCCUGUGUGGUAGAGCGCACGAGGGGAGCGCUGGACUACGUGCACGUGUUUUACACCAUCUCACAGAUAGAAUCUGAAGGCAUUAAUUAUUUUGUAGACGAUUUUGCUAAUGUCAGUGGAGCUAUCACCUUCCUUCCUUGGCAGAGAUCUGAGGUCCUGAAUAUAUAUGUUCUUGAUGAUGAUAUCCCUGAGCUUAAUGAAUACUUUCGAGUGACCCUGGUUUCUGCAGUUCCUGGAGAUGGGAAGCUAGGUUCAACUCCCACCAGUGGCGCCAGCAUUGAUCCUGAGAAGGAAACCACAGAUAUCACCAUCAAAGCUAGCGACCAUCCGUAUGGCUUGCUGCAGUUCUCCACGGAGCCGCCUCCCCAGCCAGAGGACGCGAUGAGCCUGCCCGCCAGCAGCGAGCCUCACCUCACGGUGCAGGAGGAGGAUGGAGAAGUCAAGCUGCUGGUCGUCCGCGCGCAGGGCCUGCUGGGAAGGGUGACUGCGGAAUUCAGAACCGUGCCCCUGACAGCAUCCAGUCCAGAGGACUACCAGAGUGCUGCUGGCACAUUAGAGUUUCAACCAGGAGAAAGAUACAAAUACAUUUUUGUCAACAUCACUGAUAAUUCUAUCCCUGAACUGGAGAAGUCUUUUAAAGUUGAGUUGUUAAACUUGGAAGGAGGAGCCAGCCUGGGAGUGGCUUCGCACAUCCUGGUGACAAUCGCAGCCUCCGACCACGCACACGGCGUGUUUGAAUUUAGCCCCGAGUCGCUCUUUGUCAAUGGAACCGAACCGGAAGAUGGACGCAGCACUGUUUUGUUAAGUGUGAUAAGGAGUCAUGGAGCUCUGUCCCGGGUGACCUUGCAUUGGAACAUAGACUCAGACCCUGAUGGUGAUCUUGCCUUCACUUCGGGCAAUGUCACCUUCGAGACUGGGCAGACCCGCGCCCACAUCACUGUGGAAAUCCUGCCGGAUGAAGAGCCUGAGCUGGAUAAGGCGUUCUCGGUGUCGAUCCUCAAUGUCUCCAGAGGUUCCUUAGGAGUUCACACUAAUGCCACGCUAAUAGUUUUGGCCAGUGAUGAUCCUUAUGGGGUAUUCAUUUUUUCUGCGGAAAACAGACCUAUUAUAGUUGAGGAAGCAACCCAGAAUGUCACAUUAUCAAUAAUCAGGUUGAAAGGACUUCUGGGGAGAGUCAGCGUCUCCUAUGCAACAGUAGAUGAUAUGGAAAAACCACCUUAUUUUCCACCUACUUUAGCCAGAGCAACUCAAGGAAGAGACUACAUAUCAGCUUCUGGAUUUGCUCUUUUUGGAACUAAUCAGAGCGAAGCAACAAUCACUAUUUCAAUUUUGGAUGAUGAUGAACCAGAAAGGUCAGAGUCUGUGUUUAUUGAGCUACUUGAUUCAGUUUUAAUGGAGAAAAUACAGAAUCGCCCAAUUCUGAACUCUCCUCGCCUCGGGCCUCCGGUAGAGAGCAUAGCGCAUGUGAUUAUCCUUGCCAAUGACGAUGCCUUUGGGACUCUUCAGCUCUCAGCCCCAGUUGUUCGAGUGGCAGAAAAUCACGUGGGACCCAUCAUCAACGUGACUAGGACGGGAGGGGUCUUUGCAGAUGUUUCCGUGAAGUUUAAAGCCGUGCCAAUCACUGCAAUUGCUGGUGAAGAUUAUAGUAUAGCUUCGUCAGACGUGGUCUUGCUGGAAGGGGAAACUAGUAAAGCUGUGCCAAUAUAUAUCAUUAACGACAUCUACCCUGAGCUGGAGGAAUCUUUCCUCAUACAACUGCUGAAUGAGACAACGGGAGGAGCCAGACUUGGAGCCGUAACAGAGGCGAUCAUUAUUAUCGAGGCCUCCGACGACCCGUAUGGAUUAUUUGGUUUUCAGAUUACUAAACUUAUUGUAGAGGAACCUGAGUUUAACUCAGUGAAGGUAAACCUGCCAAUAAUUCGAAAUUCUGGGACACUCGGCAGUGUUACUGUUCAAUGGGUUGCCACCAUUAAUGGACAGCUUGCUACUGGCGACCUGCGAGUUGUCUCAGGUAAUGUGACCUUUGCCCCUGGGGAAACCAUUCAAACCUUGUUGUUAGAGGUCCUGGCUGACGACCUUCCGGAGAUUGAAGAGGUUAUUCAAGUGCAACUAACUGAGGCCUCCGGUGGAGGUACUAUUGGGUUAGAUCGCGUGGCAAAUGUUAUUAUUCCUGCCAACGAUAACCCUUAUGGUACAGUAGCCUUUGUCCAGUCGGUUUAUCGCGUUCAAGAGCCCCUGGAAAGAAGUUCCUGCGCUAACAUAACUGUCAGGCGAAGCGGAGGGCACUUUGGUCGGCUGCUGUUGUUCUACAGUACUUCUGAUAUUGAUGUAGUGGCCCUUGCAGUUGAGGAAGGUCAAGAUUUACUGUCCUACUAUGAGUCGCCAGUUCAAGGGGUUCCUGACCCGCUUUGGAGGACUUGGGUGAACGUCUCCACAGAGGGGGAGCCCCGGCAUACCUGCGCCACUUUGUGCCUCCGAGAACAGGCUUGCUCAGCCUUUUCCUUUCUCAGUGCUGCUGAGGGUGCGCAGUGUUUUUGGAUAACUUCAUGGAUCAGCCCAGCUGUCAACAGUUCCAACUUCUGGACAUACAGGAAAAACAUGACCAGGGUAGCGGCUCUUUUCAGUGGUCAGGCUGUAGCCGGUAGUGACUAUGAGCCCGUGACAAGGCAGUGGGCCAUGAUGCUGGAGGGUGAUGAAUUUGCAAAUCUCACAGUUUCUAUUCUUCCCGAUGAUCUUCCAGAAAUGGAUGAGAGUUUCCUAAUUUCUCUCCUUGAAGUUCACCUCAUGAACAUCACAGCCAGUUUGAAAAAUCAGCCAACCAUAGGACAGCCAAAUACUUCUACAGUGGUCAUAGCGCUCAACGGCGAUGCCUUUGGGGUGUUUGUGAUCUACAGUGCUGGUCCCAAUACCUCAGAAGAUGGCUCAUUUGUGGAAGUUCAGGAACAGCUGCAAACCUUGGAGCUGGUGAUCCACAGGACCGGAGGCAGCUUAGGUCAGGUGACCGUGGAAUGGCGAGUGGUUGGUGGGACAGCUAUCGAAGGUUUAGAUUUUAUAGGUCCUGGAGACAUUCUGACCUUUGCUGAAGGUGAAACCAAAAAGACAGCCGUUCUAACCAUUUUGGAUGAUUCUGAGCCGGAAGAUGAUGAGAGCAUCAUGGUUAGUUUGGUGUACACGGACGGCGGAAGUAGGAUUCUGCCCAGCUCGGACACUGUGAGAGUGAACAUUUUGGCCAACGACAACGUGGCCGGAAUUGUUAGCUUUCAGACAGCUUCCAGGUCUGUCAUAGGUCACGAAGGAGAAAUUUUGCAAUUCCAUGUGAUAAGAACCCCUCCUGGUCGAGGAAAUGUUACUGUUGACUGGAAAAUUAUUGGGCAAAAUCUAGAACUCAAUUUUGUUAACCUUACUGGACAACUCUUCUUCCAUGAGGGGACAUUGAAUAAAACAAUAUUUGUGCAUCUACUGGAUGACAGCGUUCCAGAGGAGAAAGAAGUAUACCAAGUUGUUCUGUACGAUGUCAGGACGCAAGGGGUUCCACCAGCAGGAAUGGCUCUGCUUGACACACAAGGAUAUGCCGCUGUCUUGACAGUCGAAGCCAGCGAUGAACCGCAUGGAGUUUUAAAUUUUGCUCUUUCAUCAAGAUUUGUUUUACUACAGGAGGCUAAUGUGACGGUUCAGCUUUUCAUCAAUCGAGAAUUUGGAUCUCUAGGGGCUAUCAAUGUCACAUAUACCACGGUGCCUGGAACGCUGAGUCUGAAGAAUCAAACAGAAGGAAACCCAGCGGAGCCGGGAGUUGAUUUCAUCCCGGUAGUUGGCUUUCUGAUUUUAGAAGAAGGGCAAACGGCCGCGGCCAUCAACAUUUCUGUGCUUGAGGAUGCUAUACCGGAGCUGAAAGAAUACUUUCUGGUGAAUUUAACUUCUGUUGAGCUCAUCAUGUCUCCUGUAACUUCAUUUCCUCCCAGAUUAGAUGCAGAAGGCUUGACCGCACAGAUCAUUAUCGAUGCCAACGAUGGUGCCCGUGGCGUGAUCGAGUGGCAGAGUAGCAGAUUUGAAGUAAGCGAGUCCCACGGAAGUGUGACCUUGGCAGCCCAGCGGAGGAAAGAGGCCCUGGGCCAGGUGUCCUUGUUUGUGUAUGCCCAGAACGUGGAAGCCCAGCUGGGGCUGGACUACAUCUUCACCCCAAUGAUUCUUCACUUUGCUGAUGGAGAAAGGUAUAAAAACGUAGACAUUGUGAUCCUGGAUGAUGACACACCAGAAGGAGAUGAAAAAUUUCAGCUCAUAUUAACAAAUCCUUCUCCUGGACUGGAGCUGGGAGAAAACACAAUAGCCGUGAUCACCAUCCUCGCAAAUGACGAUGGCCCGGGAGUCCUGUCCUUCAACAACACCAAGCACUUUCUCCUGAGAGAGCCGGCGGCUGUCCACGUGCAGGAGAGCGUCGCGGUGCUCUACGUGGUCCGGGAGCCGGCGCACGGGCUGUUCGGGACCGUGACCGUGCAGUUCGUGGUGACCGGGGUGAACUCCUCGGAGGAGUCCGAGGAUCUGACCCCCUCCAGGGGCUACAUUGUUUUAGAAGAAGGAGUCCGAGUCAAGGCCCUACACAUAUCUGCCAUAUUAGACACGGAGCCAGAAAUGGAUGAGCAUUUUGUCUGCACCUUGUUUAACCCAACUGGAGGUGCUAGACUAGGGGCACCUGUUCAAACUCUGAUAACAGUUUUGCAAAACCAGGCCCCUUUGGGGCUAUUCAGUAUCUCUGCUGUUGAAAAUAGAGCCACCUCUGUUUACACCGAAGAAGCCAACAGGACUAUGUACUUGAACGUAUCGCGGACGAAUGGCCUUGAUUUAGCUGUGAGCGUGCAGUGGGAGACAGUCUCUGAAACAGCUUUUGGCAUGAGAGGAAUGGAUGUUGUUUUUUCCAUAGUUCAAAGUUUUUGGAACGAGUCAGCUGCUGGCUGGUGUUUCUUUACUUUGGAAGACUCAGUAUACGGUAUCAUGUUAAGAAAAUCAUCAUUUACUCUUCAUCGAUGGCAAGGGAUUUUUAUUCUACUUCAGGACAUAAAUAUAGAAAAUCCUAGAAUGUGUGAGACCUUUCAUAUCGGUCCUGCCCCCUACUUUGUGAUCACUCAUAAAGAAAGAAAUGGAGAAAAGCCUUCUGUUAAUAGUGUGUAUACGUUAACAUCUGGAUUCAAAUUAUUCCUGGUACAAACAAUUAUUAUUUCGGAAAGUUCCCAAGUAAGACAUUUUACUUCAGACAAUCAAGAUUAUUUAAUUGUUGCAAGUCAAAGAGACGACUCUGAAUUAACUCAGGUCUUCAGGUGGAAUGGAGGAAGCUUCGCGCCGCAUCAGAAGCUCCCUGUCCGGCGGGUGCUGGCCGCAGCCCUGUUCACCAGAGGCGGCUCUGUGUUCCUGGCCGUGUCGCUGGCCGACCCCCGGCUCGCAGCCCUUGUAUUCAGAUGGACCGGCAGUGCAUUCGUUACCUCGCAAGAAGUGCCUGUCCCUGGCACGGCAGGACUGGAGGCUCUGUCUUCGGGCAAUGAUAUUUACUUAAUUUUUGCCAAAAAUAUCUUUCUAGGAAAGGAGAACUCAGUUGAUAUUUUCGUCUGGGAGACAGGACAGCCUUCUUUCAGGUAUUUCCAGUCCCUGGGAAUUGCCGCCGUGAACAGAAUCCUUCCCUUCACGCCAGCCUCAGGAAUAGCCCACAUACUUCUGACUGGCCCAGAGGUGUCUGCUCUUUACUGCUGGGAUUCGGGACGGAACCAGUUCUCUCUCCUGCUGGAAGCCCCUUCUGCUCAUGCUGCAGCGUCGGUCACAGUGAGAUCUCUUAAUUCAAGCAAGAGCUUGAUCUCGGUGGCAGGCGCCCCCCACACUCACGUGCUGGAGCUGGCCUACGUCUCCAGCCAGUCCGACUUCAUUCCUGGCUCGGGUGAACUGGUAUUUGAACCUGGCAACAGAGAAGCUAUAAUAGCAGUGAAUAUCCUGGAUGAUUCCGUGCCAGAAGAGGAGGAGUCCUUCAGAGUGCAGCUUAAAAACCCCACAGGAGGGGCAGAGAUUGGUGGUCAAGGCUCUGUGAAAAUAACGAUUCUGUCUAACGAUGAUGCAUACGGAGUGGUUGCGUUCGCCCAGAAUUCACUGUAUAAACAAGUGGAAGAAAUGGAGCAAGAUAGCCUGGUCACCUUGAAUGUGGAGCGCUUGAAAGGAACAUACGGUCGUGUGAUGGUGACGUGGGAAGCCGAUGGAAGCGUCAGUGACAUAUUUCCUACCUCAGGAGUGAUUUCAUUUGCUGAAGGCCAGGCGCUGUCCACAAUCACUCUGACUGUUCUUGCUGAUGACACGCCGGAGUUAUCCGAGGUGGUGACCGUGACGCUCACCCACAUUACCACAGAAGGUGUCAGGGACCCUUCCAAAGGUGCCACCAUCGAUCUGCAAAGAAACAAGUCUGUGAUCACCACUCUGGCCAACGACUCCCCCUAUGGCCUGGUGGGCUGGCACUCGGGGUCUCUCUUCACUCGAGUGGCGGAGCCUACAGAGAAUGUCACCAUUCUUCAGUUGCAAAUUGUUCGAGAUAAAGGACUAUUUGGGGACGUUGCCAUUCACUUGAUAGCUAAACCUAAUUUCUUGCUGCACAUCAAUAAUCAAGCUACUGAGAAUGAAGAUUAUGUCUUACAAGAAACAACAAUAAUAAUGAAAGAAAACAUAAAAGAAACUCAUGCCAAAGUUGCCAUUUUGCCAGACGAUGCUCCCGAGCUGGAGGAAGGGUUCGUGGUCACCAUCACCGAGGUGACCCUGGCCAACUCGGACUUCUCCGCGGAGCAGCCGCACGUGCGCAGACCUGGCCGGGAAAUGGCCGAGAUAGUGAUCGAAGAAAAUGAUGACGCCAGGGGCAUUUUUAAGUUUCAAGUUACCAGGGACACACGUGGAGCUGUCGCUGCCCACGAGCUGCCCCCGCCCAGGGACGUGCUGCAGGUGCCCGUGGUCCGGCUGGCCGGGAGCUUCGGCCCGGUCAGCGUGCACUGGACGGCCACGCCGGGCAGCGCUGGCGCCCAGGACUUCUCGCCGCUGCAGGGGAUGCUGGACUUCGCGGACGGACAGGUUACUGCAGUGAUAGAAAUCACCAUCAUCGACGAUGCCGAAUAUGAACCCAUGGAGAUGUUCAGCCUCGCCUUGACCGGCGUGUCGGGAGGCGGCACCCUUGGAGAUGAUGUUCUGUUAACUGUUGUUAUCCCACAGAAUGAUUCUCCAUUUGGAGUAUUUGGAUUUGAAGAACAAACUGUAGUGGUUGAUGAGUCCCUUUUGUCUGAUGACCCUGAUUCCUAUGUGACAUUGACCGUAGUCCGGUCCCCAGGAGGGAAAGGAGCUGUCCGACUUCAGUGGACACUGGAGGAGAAAGCUAAGGACACUCUGAGCCCUUUGCACGGGAUACUUCACUUUGAUGAGAUGGAGCCCCAGAAGACCAUUACCCUGAACGCACUCCAGGACGCCGUCUGGGACAAGGACACGCGCUUCACCAUUCAGCUCACGGCAGAGGACGAGGUAGAAAUAUCUCCAGGAAAAGGGAGAGCAUCGAUCAUCAUGCGAGGAGGGAAGGCAGUGUCAGGGGAAGUUGGGAUCGCUCUGUCAUCCAGGCAUGUCCUCAUUGGGGAACCCUCGGCCUCAUACAAUGGCACUGCCGUCAUCAGCCUUGUCCGUGGCCCCGAGCUCUGGGGGGAAGUGACAGUGUGGUGGAGAAUCUCCCCUCCUUCCACUGGGGAGUUUGCUGAAACCUCAGGGAAGCUGACCAUGUGGGAUGGACAGUCGGCGGCCAUCGUGGUCAUUCAGGCGCUGAACGAUGACAUUCCUGAGGAGAAGCAUUUCUAUGAGUUUCAGCUCACGGAUGUCAGUGAGGGUGCAGGGCUGAGCACCUCCAGCCACACGGCCAACAUCACCAUGGUGGCCAGCGAUGCUCCCUAUGGCCACUUUGCCUUUUCCCAGGAGCAGCUCCAGGUGCUGGAGGAAGUGCAGAAGGUUAACAUCACAGUGGCCCGGGCAGGCGGCUCCCUGGGUUUGGUGAGGCUGCGGUUCGAGACGGUGGGCGGCACCGCAGACGCAGGCCUGGACUUCGUCCCCGCGGCUGGGCAGGUCCUCUUCGAGGCCGGAGAGCUGACGAAGGUGCUGCAGGUCGAGAUCCUUGACGAUGACCACCCUGAAGGCCCUGAGGACUUUUCUCUAGCAAUUACAAAGGUGGAGCUCCAGGGAAGAGGGUAUGAUUUUACCAUCCAAGAAAAUGGACUUCAGAUAGAUCAACCUCCUGAAAUAGGAAACAUCUCCACUGUUCGAAUCAUAAUAAUGAAAAACGAUAAUGCAGAAGGCAUCAUUGAAUUUGACCCGAAGUACACGGACUUCGAAGUGGAGGCGGACGCGGGCCCGGUGGCGAUCCCCGUGCGGAGGCUGCGCGGGACGCACGGCCGCGUGACGGCCGAGUUCGUGGCGCAGAGCCCGUCUGCGGUCGCGGGAGGCGUGGACUUCACGCUGCACGGCGCCUCGGUGGUCACCUUCCAGCACGGGCAGAACCUGAGCUUCAUCCACGUCUGGCUCACGGACGGCGGCGCGAGCACGGGCGGCGCGCUCCUCGGGCGCCACCUGCUGAGCAGGGUCCGCGUCGCCAGCAGCGCCCCGCCCGCCGGCCUGGUGCGCUUCCUCAACGCCAGCGCGCUGUCCCUGGCCAAGCCCAGCGCCGCGACGCUGCUGCCCCUGCUGCUGGAGCGGACCGGAGGACUCCGGGGAGAGGUCCAGGUAGACUGGAGCGUCUCGGGCCCCAACUCCGAGGAAGCCCUGUCACAGCACGAUGGGGACAUCGCCCAGCCCAUGAACGGCUCCCUCUAUUUUGCGGAAGGAGAGGGAGGCGUGAGGACCAUCCUCCUGACCAUCCACCCCCAUAAUGGAACAGAAGUGGAAGAGACUUUCACAGUUAAACUGAAACUUGUGAAAGGAGAAGCUAAAUUAGACUCCAGAGCCAACGCUGUUACAUUCACGAUACGAAAGUUUGAUGACCCAAAUGGCAUUGUGUCUUUUGUCUCUGAGUCCACAUCUGGGAAGACCUAUUCAGAGCCACUGGCCACGGAAGGGCCGCUGGUCAUAACCUUCUUUGUCAAAAGAGUCAAGGGCACUUUUGGAGAAAUUACGGUUUACUGGGAAUUAAGUAGUGAGUUUGAUGUCACUGGAGACUUCCUUUCCACAAACGGAGUUUUCACUAUUGCUGAUGGAGAGAGCGAGGGGAGUUUUGACGUUCACUUGCUGCCAGACGACACCCCCGAGACGGACGAAGCAUACGCCGUCCAGCUGGUUUCCAUAGAGGGAGGAGCAGAGCUGGAUCUGGACAAUAGCAUUGCGUGGUUCUCUGUGUCGGCCAAUGAUGACCCUCACGGACUAUUUGCCCUAUAUUCAGAGCACCAGUCUAUACUUAUUGGGCAGAACCUUACUCGAUCCAUCCAAAUUAAUAUAACCCGGCUUGCUGGAACCUUUGGAGAUGUGGCUGUUAAAUUUCAAAUACUGUCUGAGCAUGAAGAACAGCCAGUUGCUACUGAACAUGCAGAGAGGCAGCUGGUGGUUGAAGAUGGUGCAAAGUAUAUGGUGGACACGGUGCCAAUAAAGAGCCAGGUCUUUCUGUCCCUGGGCUCCAAUUUCACCUUGCAGCUGGUGACUGUGACGCUUGUUAGUGGAAAUUUCGAUGGCAGCCCAACAAUUCUCCAGGAAGCCAAGUCAGCUGUCCUUCCUGUCCCUGAGAAAGCUGCCAAUUCUCAGGUUGGAUUUGAAUCCACGGCUGUCCGGCUCAUGGACGUCACUGGUGGCAUGAGCCAGGUGACCAUCUCCAGGAGAGGCACGUAUGGUGCGCUUGCGGUUGCCUGGACCACCGGCUAUGCUCCUGGCUGGGAAAUCCCUGAGUCCGUGGUCAUUGGCAACAUGACCCCUGUGCUGGGGAGCCUGUCUUUUGCCCACGGUGAAGGGCAGCAGCUGAUGUCGCUGUGGACGUUUCCCAGCCCAGGCCGGACAGAGGCCUUUGUCAUCCAUCUGGCAGGAGUGCGGAGCAGCGCCCCGGGCGGUGCUCAGCUUCGGUCAGGUUUCACCACUGCUGAAAUCGAACCGACGGGAGUCUUCCAGUUCUCCCCUAGUUCACGAAAUCUCACGGUGUCAGAGGAUGAGCGACCAAUCAGAUUACGAGUGCAGAGGCUCUAUGGGUUCCAAGGUGACCUUAUUAAGGUCUCCUACGAGACAACUGCAGGAAGCGCCAGGCCCAUGGAAGACUUUGAGCUGGUUCAGAGCGGGGAAAUGUUUUUUCACAAAUUCCAAGCGGAGGUUGAUUUUGAGAUAACCAUUAUUAAUGAUCAGAUUCCUGAGACGGAAGAAAUUUUUUACAUUAAUCUCACUUCCGUAGAAAUGAGGGGAGUAGAGAAGUUGGAUGCCAAUUGGAGACCACGCCUGAACCUAGAUUUCAGUGUUGCAGUGAUCACAGUAUUGGAUGAUGACCGUCCGGCAGGUGUGGGUGUUUCUGUCCCUACGACAGCCUUGGCUGUGGCAGUUGACACCACUCUUAUCCCUGUAGACACCGACUCCACCACACAUCCCGACACAGGAAGGACAACUGCCAUUCCACAGGUGACUGAGAUGGUUGCCAUUGUUACUGAGGCACCUGGUACAUCUGCCAUGCCUGAGAAGCUUGUCACCCUCCACGGGACGUCCACCGUGCCUGACAAGCCUGAGGCCAAUGUUUCCAUCCAUGGAACAUUUAGUCUCGGGCCCGCCACUGUUUACGUGGAAGAGGAGAUGAGGAAUGGCACAUUCAAUGCUGCAGAAAUUCUCAUCCGAAGAACAGGUGGAUUUGCCGGAAAUGUCAGCAUCACAGUUAGAACCUUCGGAGGAAGAUGUGCUCAGAAGGAACCAAAUGCAUUGCCCUUUCAGCACGCCGACGGGAUAGCCAACCUCCACUGGGCAGUGGAGGAGUUGGACUUUGAGGAGCAAAUGCUGACCCUCACAUUUCUAGAGGGAGAAAGAGAACAGAGAGUGUCAAUUCCAAUUGUGGACGAUGAGGACCCCGAGGGGCAGGAGUUCUUCUAUGUGUUUCUCACAGACCCUCAAGGCGGAGCACAGGUCAUAAAGGGAAAGGAUGACUCUGGAUUCGCAGCUUUUGCCGUGGUUAUUAUUGCAGGAAGUGACCUGCACAAUGGCAUCCUGGGAUUCAGCGAGGACUCCCAGAGGGAGCUGGAGCUGCGGGCAGGAACCGAGGAGAGAGGACUGCGCCUUGUCGUCACGAGGCAGCCAGACAGGGCCUUUGAAGAUGUCCAGGUCCACUGGCGAGCCACGCUGAACAAAUCAGCCGUCGUUCUCCAGAAGGAAGGGGUAAACCUGAGGGAUGAGAUUCUGUCUGUCUCAGGGACCACAACGUGUUCAGCGGGCCAAACACAGUGCUUCAUCAGCCUGGAGCUCAAACCCGAGAAGAUGCCUCCGGUAGAAAUGCAUUAUUUCUUUGUGGAGCUCUAUGAAGUCACUGCCGGAGCCGCGAUAAACAACAGUGCCAGAUUUGCAUGGAUUACAGUCUCCCCGAGCCGCGGAGCUCAGAGCCUCAUCUCUUUUGCUGUGGGUUCUCGUCUCGCAGUGGCUCACAAGAAAGCCGGGCUCGUCAGCCUGCAGGUGGCCCGAGACGCUGGGUUGAGACUGACAGUGUCUGUGAACUUCAGCACCCAGGAGUUGGGGAGUGCUGAAAUGAUCGGUCGGAUACUCGUAUCUCCAGCUGUUUCUGGGAAGGAUUUUGAGAGAACUGAAGGCAUGCUGCUUUUUGAGCCCGGCCAGAGAAACACUGUGUUGGAUGUCAUGCUAAUGCCGGAGACCGGGUCUUCCAGGGCCUUUCCUAAGCGCUUUCAGAUUGUGCUUUUUGACGCUAAAGGUGGUGCCAGAAUCGACGAAGCCUACGGGACCGCCAACGUCACUCUCGUCUCUGACGCAGCCUCGCAGGCCCUGUGGGGGCUGGCGGAUGAGCUGCAGCAGCCCCUGGACGAGGACAUCCUCAGGCGAGUGCUGCAGAGCAUCAGUGUUAACGUGGCCUCUGAGAGCACGGAAGAGCAGCUCAGUGCCGGGAUGCAUUUGAUGGAAAAGAUAACUGUGGAAGGAAGGAAUCAAGCUUUCAGUAGUGAAAGCCGAACCCUGCUCUAUGAGAUUCUUUGUGCUCUUGUUAACCCAAAGCGGAAGGACACCAGGGGGUUCAGCCACUUCACUGGCGUGACUGAGAACUUUGCCUUUUCUCUGCUGACUGAUGUUCCCUGUGGCUCUGCUGCUGAAAAAAGCAAAACCAUCCUUGACAGUUGCCCUUACUUGUCAAUACUGGCUCUUCACUGGGAUCUCCAGCAAAUCAAUGGGCACAAGUUUGAGGGAAAGGAAGGUGAUUAUAUUCAAAUUCCAGAAAGGUUUUUGGAAGCUCCAGAUGCAGAAACAGUGCCUGGAGAAAGCACCUGUAAAUUAGUACAGUUUACGGAGUACAGUAGCCAGCAGUGGUUUGUAACUGGAAGCAGCCUUCCUGCCCUGAGAAGUAAGGUAUUAUCUCUGAGUGUGAAAGACCACAGUUCCGGAGUCCUGGCUAACAGUGAAGUUCUCUACAGGAUUUAUGCUGCCGAGCCCAGAAUUGUUCCUCAGACAUCUCUGUGUCUCCUUUGGAAUCAGGCUGCUGAAAGCUGGUGGUCCGACAGCCCGCUGUGCAGGGUGGUGAGGGACACCUCGGACUACGUGGACUGCGCCUGCUCGCACAUGUCCGUGUACGCUGUCUACGCGCAGAUGCACAACUUCUCUGCAUACAAUGAAGCCUUCUUCUCUUCCGGAUUUAUAUGUAUCUCAGGGCUCAGCCUGGCCAUCCUGUCGCACGUCUUCUGCACCAGGUGCUCCAUGUUUGCGGCGAAGCUCCUGACUCACAUGAUGACAGCCAGCCUGGGGACGCAGAUUGUGUUCCUGGUGUCUGCGUACACAAGUCCCCGGCUCUCUGAGGAGGGCUGUUCCGCCAUCGCCGCCGUCGCGCACUACCUGUAUCUCUGCCAGUUCAGCUGGAUGCUCGUCCAGUCGGUGAAUUUCUGGUACGUGCUGGUGAUGAGCGACGAGCACACGGAGCGGCGGUCCCUGCUGCUCCUCCUCCUGGGCUGGGGGCUGCCGUCCCUCGUGGUGAUCCUCCUCAUCGUGGUCCUGAGAGGGGUCCAUCACCAGAGCAUGCCGCAGAUCUACGGCCUCGUUCACGGAGACCUGUGCUCCAUCCCGAACGUGUACGCGGCGCUGUUCUCUGCCGGCCUGGCGCCCCUGGCGUGCCUGGUGGUGGCGUUCGUGGUGUUCGUGCAUGCCUACCAGGUGAAGCUGCAGUGGAAGGCCUACGACGACGUGUUCAGAGGGAGGACCAACGCCACAGAAAUCCCGCUGAUUCUGUAUCUCUUUGCCCUGAUUUCGGUGACCUGGCUCUGGGGAGGUCUGCACGUGGCCUACAGACACUUCUGGAUGCUGGUUCUCUUCGUCAUCUUCAACAGCCUGCAGGGCCUCUACGUGUUCGUGGUCUACUUCGUUCUGCACAACCAGACGUGCUGCCCGCUGAAGGCCAGCUACACCGUGGAGAUGAACGGCCACCCGGGCCCCGGCGCGGCCUUCUGCACGCCCGGGAGCGGGCUGCCGGCCGCGGGCGAGGAGGUCAGCAAGUCCACGCAGAACCUCAUCGGCGCGCUGGAGGAGGUGCUGCCGGACUGGGAGCGCGCGUCCUUCCGGCAAGCCAGCCAGGCCAGCCCUGACCUGAAGAGCAGCCCGCAGAACGGCGCGCCCUUCUCCUCCCCGGGCGGCUUCAGCCAGGGCUCGCUGAUCGCCGACGAGGAGUCCCAGGAGUUCGACGACUUGAUCUUUGGGCUGAAGACCGGCGCCGGCCUCAGCGUGAGCGACGCGGAGUCGGGCCAGGGCAGCCAGGAGGGCGGCGCGCUGAGCGAGUCUCAGAUCGUGGAGCUGCGGCGGAUCCCCAUCGCGGACACGCACCUCUGAGCAGCCGCGUGGGCGCAGCUCACGCCCGGACCCGCGGAGCUCCAGCACCUUCCUGCUUCCCAGUUGUCCCACUUGGCUAACUUUGUCUAAUGAAAGUGAUCAAUAAAAGUGGUAGGACCCA